UGUUCCGAACGUGAAAAAGGGAAAAUGGCAACGACCUUGAGGGGCAUAUCUCGCUUUGUAACUAAAGAUGGGUUACAAGUUUUGAAAACCUACGUCCGAUCAUGCUCCAAUGUUACAGAACCACUGUCAAAACCAGCUGAACGUCACAAAAUUACCAUGGUACCUGGUGAUGGCGUCGGCCCAGAACUUAUGGCAAGUGUCUGUGAUGUCUUUCAGGCAGCAGGAGUUCCAGCUGAUUUUGAAGAAAUAUUUAUGAGUGAAGUGCACCCAAGCCAGAGUGCCAACUUGGAGACUGUGGUGGAAUCCUUCAAGAGGAAUGGGGUAGGACUGAAAGGAAUCAUCACAACUCCAUCCAACUUCAAGGGUGGUCUCCUGCAGACUCUAAAUAUGAAGAUCAGAAGAGAGUUAGAUCUGUUUGCCAAUGUGGUCUGGAUACAGAGUCUUCCAGGUUACAAAACACGUCACGACAAUCUCGACUUUGUCAUUAUCCGAGAGCAGACAGAAGGAGAGUACAGUGCACUGGAGCAUGAGAGUGUACCUGGAGUGAUCGAGUGCUUGAAGAUAAUCACAAGAGACAACUCUAAGAGGAUAGCCAAAUUUGCCUUUGAUUAUGCUAUGAGACACAACAGGGAAAAGGUCACUGCAGUUCACAAGGCUAACAUCAUGAAACUAGGAGAUGGUCUGUUUUUACAAUGCUGUGGAGAAGUUGCAGAGAUGUAUCCCAAGAUCAAGUUUGAUUCCAUGAUCAUCGACAACACGUGCAUGCAGCUUGUGUCAAAUCCUAACCAGUUUGAUGUGAUGGUGAUGCCCAAUUUGUAUGGUCACAUAAUAGACAACCUGGCUGCAGGUCUUGUGGGCGGAGCAGGCGUGGUGCCGGGAGAGAGUUACAGUAAAGAUGUGGCCAUCUUUGAACAGGGUGCCCGUCAUUCUUUUGGUGAGGCUGUGGGCAAAAACAUUGCCAACCCGACAGCUGUGUUGCUCAGUGCAUGCAAUUUAUUGAACCAUAUCCACCUGGAGUAUCACUCAAAACUCAUCCAAAAAGCUGUUCACAAAGUUAUCAAGGAUGGGAAGGUGCUGACCCAGGACAUGGGAGGUUAUGCAUCCACCACGGAUAUGACCACUGCUGUGAUAGCAAAUCUCAACUAACAAGACAACUUCCAGCUCUGUUGUUGAACUUUUGUUAAAUUUUGUAUUUAUUUAUACACGUUUCGAAUCUCAGAUUUGCCAUCCACGUAACAAAAAAUAAAAACAGGCAGACAUUGAAUUGUGAUCUUUCAUCUCUUCCACUGUGGCUUCCUGUUAUGUAAGUCGAGGUUCAAGAAAUAUCAUUACUAUAGUCCGCCCCACAGGGAUCACCUUUUUUUAUACUAUGGAAUUUACUACAGGUUAUUUAUUUUUCCAAAACAUUUUUACUUUUCUUCCUAAACCAACCUGAAAUUAUUAAUAAAAACCACUGGUAGAACUAUAGAUGUUGGAUCAUAUUUCACGUCAUUAAGAGCUAGUUUCUGUUUUCACUUUGUAAAUAAUUAUCUUUGAAGUAUUUUCACUUACUCCUUUGAUCUCAGUUAACAUUCAUAUAACGUUUGUGAACCUAAACGCCUCAACCAAAUGGAAAUCUUUUUAUUAGUUCUGUGUGUUUGUCUCAAUUACGGUUUAUUGCACGAGUAAAAACACUGUCUUUAGUUAUUUAAUAACUUAAUAUUAGAUACGGUAAAACAUUUUUGGUUAUUACAGCAUUUGGAAACCAUUACUUACAUUUUGCUAAAAUUAUCAAUUUUGGCAAAUCCAGUGUGUUUCUAGUCGUCCUGUUAUCUGUAAUAUCUCCAAAUACAUUUUGAAUCUAAAUUCAGUGAUUUAAAGGUCAAACUUAUUUAUUGUAAUCUAGACUUGAUGUAAAUUUGUAAUCUAACCAGAAAGGUUGUAAAUAUUUUUUUUGUUCCAAAAAAAUUAAUAAUUAAAGAUGAAAACUUAAUAAUUAUAUAUUGAUACAAAUAGCACAAAUUAUCUGCCUACAAGUAUUUUAUUCUGUAACGGUCUUAUUUAGGUAUUGAAAAAAACUUCUACUUCAUAAAUUGUGCAAUAUCCAUAUAAGAUUCUUUGACCUGCAAGUAGACAUUUUGAUAUAUGCUUGAUCCACAGUUCUUAAUUAGACUAGCUAUGGUGGUGUCGUGGUUAAGCCAUCAGACAUAAGGCUAGUAGGUACUGGGUUCGCAGCCUGGUACCAGCUCCCACCAGAGCGAGUUUUAACGACUUGAUUGGUAGAUGUAAGACAAACUACACCCUCUUCUCUCUCACUAACCACUAACCCACUGUCCUAGACAGACAGCCCAGAUAGCUUUAACCUUAAUUGGUAAUAAGCACGAAAAUAAGUUGAAAUGAAAUGAAAUGGGAUAAGUUGGUGCUACUAGUUUGACAUCAAUGAAAUGUUCACCGAUAUUCCAUUAUUAUUAUUAGCACAUUAUUUUAAUAUCAAGUGUCAUAGUAAUUAUUAUAUUGUUCAAUUUGAAACAAGAAAUUCUCUAGUCACCAUAUAGGUUUAGCUUCAGUUAGAAACAGCCAUUUUAUGUGAUGGACAGCAUUACAACAACCUUUGAUAUAUCACUAACAACUGAUCCUAUGAGCAGUAGUGAUAUAAUUAAUGAUCUAUAGGAUAACCGCUGGUUAGAAGUCCCGAUUGAUUCAGAUAUAAUCGGUCAUUUUAAGGCCAGCAUUAUAGCUUUUACCAUAGUUGACACCCAAUAGCUUAUGUAUUUUUCGAGCUGGGGUGUCAUUAAACAUCUAUUCUAUUCUAUGUAGUCAGUAAUUAGCCAAUUCAUCCUUGUACAACAUGAAUUUUAAAAAAGUAUUUUAAAUGGUCCAUCUGAAUAAAGAGUACUUAAAAGGGAUAUUAUGCUAGUUUUUAUAAUGUGUACCUGGUUUUGAUGAUGUAACUAGUGUGAAUUUUAGAUUUUUAAUUUUUUUUAAUUUUAUGAGCAGUUGUAAUUUUUAUGCGAAUUAUGUAUGAAAUAAUGUUUAGCGACUUGGGAUUACUGUAAUGAAUAGCUAAAUGUUUGUUUGCCACAAUAUUUGUCCAUAGAAAUGUCUUAAUAAUGUCUAACAUUGUAACUAUGUAUUGUAUUUUGUGUAUCUUGGUUGCAAAAAUAAAUAAUUGUGACUGA